AUGGCGACUCGUGGACGCGAUCACGGUCGAGAGAGAGAUGGGGCUAGUAAUACGGAACCUGAGAAUAAUCCUGCGAACUUUAUGACUGUCCUAGAGAACAUGGCUGCUGCUAUGCAGGCUACAGUUGCGGCAUUAGGGAAUCAGGCCGGUAAUAGGAAUGGCAGUGAUGGAGAGAAGGGGCCAAUGACCUUAGCAACCUUCCUGAAGGUAAACCCGCCAAUCUUUAGAGAAAUGACAGACCCCAUAGAGGUAGAUAGCUGGUUUCAGGUGAUGGAACGGGCUUUACACGCACAACAAGUCCCUGAAAAUCAACGUGUUGAAUUUGUAACUUAUCAGUUAAUGGGUGAAGCCCAGCAUUGGUGGCAAGGGUUAAAUGUCUGUAGCCGAAUAUACAAACAUGAGGAAUUAUGUCGAUUUUCCAAGAUUUGUCAGGGUGCUCCGGGAGACUUUGAGGAAUGGAAGUGCAUCAAAUAUGAAGGAGGACUACGGAGUGACAUAUUGAGUUCAUUGGGACCAAUGGAGAUCAGAGUUUUCUCAGACCUGGUAAACAAGAGUAGGGUUGCGGAAGAAUGUUUAAAGAAUGCUGCUAUAGAAAGAAAUGAUGGUCGGGAAUUUCACCGAAAGGAACAUAAUCAGAACUUCGCACCAAGAGGCCAAGAAUUCAAGAGAAAAGGAAAACAGUUAGCGGCUGCUUCAGAUGAUUCAAGUUGUCAAAAAUGCAGAAGCUAUCACCCGAAUAGGCCGUGUCGUUUUGGUUCGGGAUUAUGCUAUAAGUGCAAUCGUCUUGGGCAUAUGUCCUAA